AUGUCUGGCUACGAUCGUGCCCUCUCUGUCUUCAGUCCUGAUGGACACGUUUUCCAAGUCGAGUAUGCUCUCGAAGCUGUCAAGCGAGGAACAUGCGCCGUCGGAGUUAAAGGAAAGGAUAUUGUGGUAUUGGGAUGCGAGAAGCGAUCAGCCAUGAAGCUGCAAGACACUCGAAUCACACCCUCGAAGAUUGGUCUCAUCGAUUCGCAUGUCUGCCUCGCAUUCGCAGGCCUUAACGCAGACGCCCGGAUAUUGAUCGACAAGGCAAGAGUUGAGGCCCAGUCUCACCGUCUGACCGUCGAAGAUCCGGUGACUAUCGAGUACAUCACAAAGUACGUCGCUGGAGUACAGCAGAGAUACACCCAAUCCGGUGGUGUUCGGCCAUUCGGUAUCUCAACUCUCAUCAUUGGUUUCGACAAGAAUGACAACACCCCUCACCUCUACCAGACCGAGCCCUCGGGUAUCUACUCUGCAUGGAAAGCAAAUGCGAUUGGUCGGUCAUCCAAGACGGUCCGCGAGUUCCUCGAGCGAAACCACAAAGACGAUAUGGACCGUGAAGCCACCAUCUCGCUGACUGUCAAGUCUCUUCUCGAAGUCGUGCAAACUGGCGCGAAGAACAUUGAGAUCGCCAUCAUGGCUCCAGGCAAGACCAUCGAGAUGCUUCCCUCAGAAGAGAUCGAAACGUAUGUCAAGACCAUCGAAGCGGAAAAGCAGGAGGAACAAGCAAAGAAGAAGCCAGGCCGCGGCGGACAAGGCACAAGCAGCCUGCCCACUCGGCCGGCGGAUGAGGCUUAG